AUGGCCCGUCCGGGGGCCGAGUUGCCGCCCGCGGAGACCUUAGCGCUCUGGACACGGGAGCAAGCCCAGCUGAAGGGCCGCGUGGCGGACUGGGACACGGAGGCGUGGCAGCGGGACCCGGCCUUCGCGGGGCUGCAGAGGGUCGGGGGCGUGGACGUGUCCUUUGUGAAAGGGGACAGUGCCCACGCCUGCGCCUCCCUGGUGGUGCUCAGCUACCCCGAGCUCGAGGUCAUGUACGAGGAGUGCCGCAUGGUGACCCUGACGGCGCCCUACGUGUCGGGCUUCCUGGCCUUCCGAGAGGCACCCUUCCUGGUCGAGGCCUUGCAGCGGCUGCGGGACAAGGAGCCAGGCCUCAUGCCCCAGGUUCUUCUCGUGGAUGGAAAUGGGGUGCUCCACCACCGAGGCUUUGGGGUGGCCUGUCACCUCGGCAUCCUCACAGACCUGCCUUGCGUCGGGGUGGCCAAGAAGCUCCUACAGGUGGACGGGCUGGAGAAGAGUGAGCUGCACAAGGAGAAGAUUCAACUCUUGCAGCGCGGAGGAGACACGUUUCCUCUCACUGGGGCCUCUGGGACAGUGUUGGGAAUGGCCCUGAAGAGUCAUGACCGCAGCACCAACCCCCUCUAUGUCUCCGUGGGCCACAAGAUAAGCCUGGAGGCCGCUGUGCGCCUGACCCAAGCCUGCUGCAGGUUCCGGAUCCCCGAGCCCGUGCGCCAGGCUGACAUCCGCUCCCGAGAGUACAUUCGUAGGACUUUGGGGCUUCCUGAACCCCUCAAACUGGGCCAGGAGAGGUACAACUGGCUCUCAAUCUCCAAGUCCACAGAGUCACCUCCCCUCAACCUUCAGAUUCACCUGGCCUCCCCCCAGGUCCACCCUGUCCACCUACCCCCGACCUUCCGGUCCACCUGGCCCGCCACCCCCAGGUCUCCCCAGCCUUCUGACCUGCACCCUGUUAUUAAUCGCGUCGCUGAUGAGUACCAUGGAACCACAGAGCAUCUCAGAUUCCAGGCCUGCUCCCUUCCUCGGGACAGCAUUGCAGGGCCACGCUUCCUGGGCCCUGAGCUGGCCGCCGCCUCCACGCUGCCCUGA